AAAGUUCCAACUGAUUUUACUCCAUUACUCAAGGAUAUUGUUCCAGUCGAAAAUAUUUACUCGUAUAAAGGAACUCUUCCUGAAUUGGAUACGGUUAGUAUACAUCGCGCUUUUGUCACUGCUCAUACUGUUAGAGUUACGGGUGUCAGAACUAGAGGAAACAGUGAAUCUUUCAGUCCAACUUCAUCUUCAAUACACCCUUCGGAUGAUGACGAAGACACCUUUCUUCUAAAAAUCACAAAAGCCGGUAGAUUGGGUCGUAAAACGGAUAUGAUAGAAGGUGGAAAAACGACCGGGUUUGCGCGAAGUUGGAAACAAUUUGGUGUUGUCCUGAGUGGAAGCCAAUUAAUGUUUUUCAAAGAUGACGCAUGGUUCAAUAAUAAUAUACCAAAUUUAAAUUAUCCAAUGAAAUCUACCGUGAUUCCAACGCUAAAACCUGAUGUAAUCAUAAUGACCGUUGAUUCAGUCGCUGUAUAUGACAAAAGCUACAAAAAAUAUCCAAAUGUGUUUCGUCUUGUAUGUCCUCAGGGCUGCCAAUAUCUUUUUCAGGCAGAAAGUGAGUCAGAAAUGAAUGAUUGGAUUGUAAAAAUAAAUUAUGCUGCCACUUUCAAGACUAUUGGUUUAAAAAUGAGACACACUUGGAAUGAAGAAAAUAGUUCAAAUGAUGUGCAUCGUAGGGCUGAUGUUCUUAGGUCAAAAAUUGAGGAACUUCAAGGAAAAAUUGCGACACUUACAUCUCAACUCCAGACGGACGUUCGAUUUGGCAAUAAUCUUGCCCUCAUGAUACCAUAUAAAGCAACUACUCGAGAUCGGAUCAUUCAAGUUGCUACUGUUGUAGGCAGGCGAAUCAAAAAUAUUUGCCUUGAGCUUAGUCGACUAGUUUGUUAUCAUGAAAUAAUGGAAAAAGAAUUGUGUUCAACGAUAAUGGAAGAUAAUACUUAUUGGCAAAAGAGAAAGAGUAUGCAUAGAAGUGAUGAAAGCCGUGCUUAUCGAAAACAUUCAAAUAUAGGGAAUUAUUUCCAUAGCAUUACAGAAGGACAUAAUAAGGAAAUAAAUAACAGACCUGUCACUAUGAAUGUACCAUCAAUAUCAUCACCUACACAGUCAGAAUUAUCUCUCCAAACUACUAAUCCUUUAAGUACGCCAACCACACCAGAUUCGACUAUAGAUGGUGGAUCUUUACGAUUGCCAGAGUUUGAGUUUGAAAUUAUUGGAUCUCAAGAUAUAGAUGAUUUCGGAGAUAUAACUAAAUCCAAUUUUAGAGAUGAUACGUCUAGCAUUAUGGAUUAUGUAUGUGAUGACUUUACAGAACCAAAUACAGAGAAUAUGGAAGACUAUAACCAAUUUGAUAUGGUUGAAAAACCUAAAGAUUCGUUUAAGCAAAUAGAUUCAAAUAUACAGACUCCAUCAGUAAUUAUAAAUUAUUCAUCUUCUGAUCAAGAUGAUGAUGAUGAAUUUGUUGAUGCCGAAGAGAAUCUUACUGAUUAA